AUGCAACUCAUGAAAGGGAUCGGUGGUAGUGUGAUAUCGGUUGGGCGCUGUGUGUCUACCAUAUAUAAUUACCUGGUGGUUAUGGGCGUCAUUAUGAUUUCAUUUGCUGUCGGCGUGAAUCUACUCGUACAACCAUAUCUGAAUAGUGUCGUCAUCAAGGAGGAUGGCACUGAGCAGGCUAUGGUUCGCAGUAUGUACUGGGCUGUGUACGGCUAUCUGGAUCCCUCACUUUAUCCCAUAGUCAAUGGAAAUUCUGGGCCAGAUCAAGCACCGAUUGAGCACUACAUCACUUCUUUCGCCACUGAGGUUGGAUUUCUCUAA